CGUCGCGCGCGAUAUUUUAAAAACCUUGUCAAUUCGAGAUAUGAAAGCUUUAAAAUUCCCCAAGUUGCGUUUUUUAACGAAAUAUAAAUUAUAUAAUUAAAAAUUAAAAUAUUAGAUUUUAUAUAACUGAUAGACACGAUACAUUUAUUGAUAAAGGCAAAAGAAGUCUCAUAUACAACGCAAACGUCUUUCUACCGUACAAGUUGAGUUUUGAAAUAUACAAGUCUAAUUUACAGCGUAAAAUCUACAAUGUGUAACAGAGACUGGCAUAAAAGUGUUAUACAAGUGAAAGUUACACAAACUGUUAUAAAUAUUCUAACAAUGUGGAAGUGAAAAUUAAUUUUACUGAAAGUUUUUGUACAAACAGUCAACGAAAGAGGUUAAGUUUCGUUGUCGUUUACUGGAAUAAGCAGUGUCAAAUAUUUCAAAUUAAACACUUGAGGAUAACUUAAUCAGUAUUAAUUUAUUGCAAUAGUUUUUAAGAAGAAAAUAGUGAUCUCGUCAUGGAAAGCACGAGCGAUGUUCAAGAAAGUGAAAAUGAUAAAGUGGAACCAAACGUGGUAUUGGAAACGGAGCAAGUUGAGGAAAGUGAAAUUGAAACAUUGAAAGGAGAUUCUGUAGGUGAUACUCUUUACAGUAGCAAAUGGAUAAUAAAUAUCUUGCUUUCGAUAUCAAAUGUUUUUGAAGAUGGCUGGAAUACAAAAUUAGAAAAUGACUUGUGUACUUUAUGGGAUAUGAGCACAGAGAGGGACAUCGUUGAAUUUCUUGUGGAUAAUGACUUUUUUAAAGUAGCUGAGUAUACUUUAAAUUCUUCUGAAGAACCAAGACUAACGGAAAUAAUUUUGGGAAUACUUGGAAACAUGACUUGUGAACCAGUAGUGCUUGAAUUACUAGGGGCACAUGAGGAACUUCUUGAAACUAUUCUUCGUCAUCUUUCUUCUGAAGACAGUGCCACAUUAGUACAAAUUCUUCGACUUUUGCGUUCUGCACUUUGGAAUAUUCAGAAUAAUCCUGAAUCAAAGUGGAGAGUUAAUUUGAGAAAUUCAACUUUUUUAAGAGAAGUAGUUCCUUUCAUCUUAAAAAGUUCCACAAAUGAGGAACUUUUAAUAGCAACAACAAGUUUUCUACGUUCUUCAGCAGAAAUUGACCUUCCUACUGGUAAAACAUUAUUGGAUGAAUUGUUUGAUUCAUCUAGUUUUUUACCAGGAAUGUUAGAAUCUUUUGAAGAAGUUCUUCCUCAAGAUGAGGGACAGUAUUCAGCUUCAACCUUAAAAUAUCUUGAAGAUUGGUUAGAAUUGUUCUCUAAUCUUCGGAAAGGGCAUCAAAUUCACCAAACAAUUUUACAAGAAGACAAUCUUACUAGGAUAGUAGAGAUUCCACGAAGGAUUUUAACGAGUUUCAUUGAUCCAUGGAAUCUUUAUCCCCUAGACGAAACUAAGGCUUCCUGCAUUCAUAGGUGCGCGGAAAUGAUUCUUGAUUUUCGAUGGAAAGGAUUUUUAACAGCAGAUGCUACCAAUGAUAUAGAUAGUACAGUUUUAAAAAUUAUAUUCAACAUCAACACAGCAAUAAAAGAUGAAGAAGACUCUGAAGAAAUAAUGGAUGAGUUAUCAAAAUAUCUGGAAGGAUAUUGGAUCGAAAUAUCAAAAAUUUCUACAAUCGAUGAGAUUAUAAAAAUUUUGAAAACAAAUGAAAAAACUGUUAAUGAUCAUGUAAUAAAUUUAUUAAAAUCUAAAAUCCCAGCGGAAAAAAUGAUCGGUGUAUUAGCUGGUUUAUCGAACGAGUAGACAAUAUUUUAAAUGAAAUAAAAAGAGAAUUGUAAAAUCAAUUAAAUAAAUGAAUUUUUCGCAUAGCCUGUGAUAAAAAGAAGAGCAAAUUUUAAGUCUUGUUUAAAAUACGUUUCUUGAUACUGUACAAAUCUUAAAGUAUUUUACAAAAUUUGCUACAUUU